AAAUAAGACGCAUAAAAGGAAGGACGUGCUUGUUUUGCUUCCGAACACGUUCGCGCGAUAUGCGUGUUUUAAACGCGAGCUUUGUUUAGAAAUCUACAUAACACUUAGUAUAACUAACUUUCAGUGAUUGUUAAUAAACGGUAAAAUGUGAAUUUACAAGAACUGCAAUUAUAUGUACAUUUUAUUUAAUUUUAAUCGUGAUUGGAUGAAAUUCAAGAUGUCAAGGUCACUGUACUGGUUGUACGUUCUCGGUUGCGUGUGCGCAGUCAGCUCUCUUCGUGUGGGUGUCGGCAUCGCUGACGUCACAGGGCCACCAGCUGAAAUCGCUUUUAUGGGUUAUGCGAACUUGGAACAAACAGGCCACGGUAUACAUUUACGGCAGUUCGCGAGAGCGUUCGUUUUAGAAGACAAUGCCAAUUCCACUCGCGUUGUUUUUGUCUCAGUGGACGCUGCUAUGAUGGGCAAUGGUGUAAGGAAAGAGGUUCUGAAACGUCUGCAGAAACGUUAUGGAAAUCUUUACAAUGAGGGUAACGUCAUACUAAGCGGGACUCACACGCAUUCAACUCCUGGAGGAUUCCUGCUGGACUUCCUCUUUGACUUGCCGAUACUGGGUUUCGUGAAGGAGACCUAUGUUGCCUACAUAACAGGUAUACUUAAAAGCAUAAUUAUAGCCCACAACAAUCUCACACCAGCGCGUAUGGAAUACGGGGAAGCUGAACUCUUAGAUGCAAACAUCAACAGAUCACCUUCCUCUUAUCUACGGAACCCGCCCGAAGAACGAGCCAAGUACAAAUACGACGUAGACAAAACCCUUGCACAAGUCAGGUUCGUGUCUCCUUCGAAUAAGAUAAUAGGCGUGAUCAACUGGUUCGCGGUGCACCCCACUAGUAUGAACAACACCAACCGUCUCAUUUCAUCAGAUAAUGUUGGCUAUGCGUCCAUUCUCAUGGAGAAGGCGUUGAAUGGAAACAAGACUCUUCCGGGGAAGGGUCGAAUAGUUUGUGCCUUCGCAUCGACCAAUCUCGGCGACGUCUCCCCAAACACAAAAGGUCCGAAGUGCGAGUUCUCUGGAAAAGUUUGCGACCAGGAAAAACUGUUAUGUAAUUUGCCCAAAGAACGAUGUUUCGCGUCUGGCCCCGGGAGGGACAUGUUCGAGAGUACCAAGAUCAUCGCUACUAAGAUGUUCGACACUGCAAUGAAAGUCCUCAACCAGAAGGGGGAAGAUUUAACCGGUCCCGUAGGAGUCAUACACCAGUUCGUCGAGAUGCCAGUGCAGGAAGUGCCCCCGUACGAUCCAGUGACCGAAACUUUUAAUACAAGCGCGGCCGCGGGCGGCUGCGUGCCGGCGAUGGGCUACAGCUUCGCGGCGGGCACGACGGACGGGCCCGGCGCCUUCGACUUCACGCAGGGCACGACGGGCACCAACCCGCUGUGGGACGCCGUGCGGGACUUCAUCGCCGCGCCCGCGCCGCAGGACGUCGCCUGCCACGCGCCCAAGCCCAUCCUGCUGGCUACGGGCCGGGCCAAAUUCCCCUACGAAUGGCAACCACGUAUAGUAUCAUGCUCCGUGGCUCGUAUAGGGGGCCUGUUCAUAGCGGCAGUGCCUGGUGAAUUCACGACCAUGUCAGGAAGACGUCUCCGACGCGUAGUUAUGAAGGCUUCGGGUGCCAAGAGGGUGGUUAUCGCUGGAUUAUCCAACAUUUACUCUGACUAUAUCACCACCCCAGAAGAGUAUCAGGCACAACGCUACGAAGCGGCGUCCACGAUCUUCGGCCCGAACACUCUGAACGUGUAUCUGCACAAGUAUCACGAGUUGGCCGGCGCGCUGGUGACGGGUGGUGAACUGGACCCUGGUCCUGCACCGCCGGAUUUCAGCGAUCAGCUCAUAACCCUCGUGCCGCCGGUGUUGUGGGACUCCGCGCCCUGGGGACACGAGUUCGGUGACUGUGUGAAGCAACCGCAAAAGUCGUACAGCUACAAUGACGUUGUUACUGCUACUUUCGUGUCCGGCCACCCUCGCAACAGUGUGCGACACGGGCGCUGGUUCGCGACUGUAGAGCGACAAGAGUCCGCCUCCGACGAUUCCUGGACAGUUGUUGCUACAGACGCCGAUUGGGAGACCAGGUUCACAUGGCUCCGUAACUCAAAAAUCUUGGGCACAAGUCACGCUGUCAUCGAAUGGGAAAUUCCAGAAGGGACACCACCCGGUACAUAUCGACUACACCACUACGGCAACUACAAGUACAUUCUGGGGGGGAUUUACCCCUACCACGGGUUCACUGAUCCCUUCGAAGUCACAUAAUUAGGUGUAAAAAUUGUAUAUAUUUUGUAAAUAGAGUCAAUUAGUAAUUUCCAAAGAUAGUUAGUCGACUUGCCCGGUUAUGUGUUUUUAAAUUUUUUUUUUGGACGAAAUAUAAGCACUAAAGUAACUGGAAAAAUUUGGCUUGAAGCAAUUUACUGACAAUCUUAAAGCAGUCCUCUGCUUUACACAAUACGCAAUAUAACUGAUUCUCAUUAAUCAUAGCUUAUAUUUUGUCCGAAUGAACUAAAUUAUUACAAUUUUAUUGAUGUAACUAGUCUAUUAAGCUGUGUACUGUUGUUGGCAAACAUCUUAGCGUUAAUAUUAUCCGCUAGCUGUAUGUAAAGUAAAUAAUGUAAAAAAAAACUGAGAGUUAAAACAGUUUUGUAAUAGUAACGAUACCAAAAAUUGCUCUCUUUUUGAAAUUAAUCCAAAUAAUCCCAUCAGUUUCAUUAAAAAUCUAUUGCAAUUUUUUUUUUAACAGUCAAAGAUAUCGGUCAAAAUGA